UAUAUAACUAGACUUAUUGUCCAGUCAUAUCUAGUGCCUAUAGUUGUUUCGAGUGGAAUUAUUGGCAACAUAUUCAAUAUUAUCGUGCUAAUCAACCCGAAGAUGAGGACGUCAACAAACGUGUAUCUUAUGUCGCUUGCAGUGUGCGAUUCCCUGUACCUUUUGUUUUGUUUGACACUGGCAUUCUUACACUGUUCAAACACUGAUCUUUCAAAAGAGGCUUUCAUGUACAUACCUAAUGCCAAAGUGCUCUCUGAUCUUUUCAGUAACACGGCCGUAUGGCUUACGGUUUGUUUUACCCUAGAGCGUUUCAUCGCCGUUCGAUUACCAAUGCGCGGCAAAGCGUGGUGUACAGUCAGCAAGGCCAAAGUUGCAAUUUUAGUAACGUUCGUUGUUAGUGCAGGGAACACAUUACCGGAGUUCUUUGAAACAAAAAUUGUUAAAAUCGCUCGAAACGGUUCCGCACACUAUCAAUGCGAAUCCACGGAGUUUGCUGAAACAUACAGCUAUCAUAUUGGCUAUUACUGGUGGUUUGUUGCGAUAUUCACUUUCGCGCCUCUAGUUCUGCUGGCUGUGUUUAAUAGCCUUCUUAUAAAAUCUGUCUGGCAGGCUAACCGGAAACGUCAGCUUCUGUCACAGACAAGAAUUACCGGAGAGGCUAAUAAACCGAAUAAAGAACAACAGAGGGUCACGCUUAUGCUCAUUUCCGUGGUGCUUAUUUUUCUUGUCUGUCAAGCUCCUCAAGCUAUUUUACUAAUUUACUGGUCUUACGUUCAAGCUAAUAACUUACCAUAUCAAGGUGACAUGGUCAAAAUUGCGGGUAAUGUUUGUAACCUUUUAGUACAAAUCAAUGCUUCCGUUAACUUUUUCUUGUAUUCGUACUUUAGUAGCAAAUUUAGGAAGACAUUCAAAGACGACGUCAUCUACAGAGAUAAGCGGAAGUUUUUACAACUUUACCGACGGGAAGGGGAUGAUUUCUUGAACCACAUUAUCACCAGUGACGAGACCUGGAUUUACCUGUUUGAUCCUGAGACUAAGGAGCAGUCUCGUCAGUGGAAGACUCCGGGAUCACCGACACCUAAGAAGGCCAAAUUUACCAGAACAACAGGUUCUGCGUAUAGAUUUGCCACGUGCGUUGAUGAAGAGUGGCCCGACGUUACCAUGGAUAAUAUAGUGUUACACUAG